AUGUCGGUCUUCUUCUCAAGCAUCUCGGAGACCAACCCCGUCAAGCCCGGAGAUGCCGAGGCUCUCCUCGCGCCUCUUGGCCUCACCAUCUCACCCUCCGAGUCUCGCGACUUCCACACCCUCCUCGCUGCCCUACACGACUGCGCCGAGAAUGUCCUUGCCCUCCCCGAUUACCAACCCAAAUCCGACCAGACCAGAUACCCGCGCGAGAACGUGCGUCGGUGCAGCGAGGAAGAACAGGCAUUUGGCCAAGCAUGGGCUCACAAAUUUCUGAUCCGGGGAAAUCCCAACGGCGGGCCCCUGGCUGGGAAGUCGGUUAGUCUCAAGGAUGUCAUUGCUGUAGCUGGUGUGCCGCAGUUACUCGGGAGCGACGCAACGCCGGCGUGGACACCAAUAACCGAUGCGACGGUCGUGACACGGGUGCUUGAUGCUGGCGCAAGUAUUGUGGGAACGUCAACGUGUGAAAGCUAUUGUCAUUCGACUUCUUCGUAUACAAGUGCGCAGGGGGUAGUUGAGAAUCCGCAUGCGGUGGGGUAUUCAGCCGGGGGGAGCACAUCUGGUGGAGCGGCGUUGGUUGCGGGUGGGUUGGUGGAUAUCACUAUUGGAGGUGAUCAGGGAGGAAGUAUCCGAGUUCCUGCGGCUCUAUGUGGUUGUGUUGGCGUUAAGCCGACGCAUGGGCGAGUCCCCUUCACAGGGAUAUCGAGUGGAGAUGCCCUGGUUGACCACGCUGGCCCACUUGCUCGAACGACACUUGAAGCCGCUGCAUGUUUGGAUGUUAUCAGCGGGUAUGAUGGCAUAGACGACCGCUCACUAGCAAGCCCGGCUCCAGGGUCGACGAGAUUUGCAGCAGCGCUCCAACAGGGCCCCGGGCGGCUCGAUGGCUUCCGGGUCGGGAUACUCAAGGAAGGAUUCGAACAUAUUCUAGUAGAUGCCCGCGUCAAGACACUUGUUUCCAAUGCCGCCAGGAACCUAUCAAGUCUCGGCGCAACCGUUGAAGAAGUCUCACUGCCAGACCACGUCCACGGACCAGCACUCUGGACCAUCCUUUCGCGCAUCGCCGGCACACAGACACUGCUCGGUCACAAUACCGGACGACGCGGACUAUGCAUGACAGAGGCCGAGCAGGGCAGACUACCCUGGACAGACGAAGGCUUCCAGCGCGCAUUUCCUUCCACAAAGAACGUUUUGAUAAACGGGCUCUAUCUAAUGUCUCAUUUCCCCAACAUCUACGGAAGGGCAUUGAAUAUUGGACGUCAAGUGAGCGACAAAUAUCAGUCAUUGUUUGAGAAGUACGAUGUGGUGGUAAUGCCCACCACUCCUGUCGUGGCACCCAGGCAUGGGAAACGGGGUCUGCCAAUAGAGUCACUCCAGCCUAGCAUGGGGAUGACCGUCAAUACCGCCGUCUUUAACGUAACGGGCCAUCCGGCGAUGACUAUCCCCGUUGGAUUUGCCCCGGCCAAGGACGAUGAGCGGGUUAUGCUGCCUGUUGGGAUGCAGAUUGUCGGGGGCUUGUGGCAGGAGGAGAAGAUACUGCGCGUUGGACAUGCGUGGGAAAGUCACUUUGACUGGAGGAAGAUCCCUUGUUCUGAGAUGAAGACUAGCAAGAUAUAG